AUGAUAAGAUUUCAAGUUUUCAAUCGAAUUCUAGCAAUUGGAAAAGCAAUACGAGGCACAGCUGCGUUUUGGUCUACACCUAGAAAAAUGUUACGUGCAAUGUAUGCGACAAUAUCAAAGCCUAAUAUUGGGUUGGUAAGAAAUUUUUUGCGUUUUUUUCGAAAAUUUUAUUGUCACUUUUUAACUUCAAGAAUACAACUAACUUUCAACAAUGUAUGCUCCAUUACUAUCUAUGACUUGUUGCC